AUGAACAGCCAGGAACAGUUACCAGUAGAAGGCCUGACCUCCCCGAUAAAUGGACAAGGGCUACCGCGUCAAGGACGGGCGCGGCUAAAGAAGCAAGUUCAAGCAAUAAGAAUGGGAACACUGAACGUUGGCAGCAUGAAUGGUCGAAGCAGGGAAGUGGCAGAUGUCUUGGAGAGAAGGAGAGUGGACAUUUUAUGUGAGCAGGAAACAAGAUGGAGAGAAAAUAAAGCAAAGGACAUUGGCAAUGGCUAUAAGUUGCUAUGUAGCAGAGCUGAUGAAACAGGAAGAGGUGGUGUAUGGAUUGCCAUCAGUAAAGAAAUGAAAGAAAAUAUUGUGAGCGGGUGCAGUGAAGAGGUGAAAAAUAAGUUCUGGAGAGAUAUGGAUGAAGUCAUGAUUUAA